UUAAUACAUAGAAAUAGUACCAAAAGGGCCACUGAAUCAUGUGAUGACUCAGAAAGAAACAGAGGAGAACUCUUUUUGGCUAUGCAGAAAUGUCAAUGGUUCAGCAUGAGAGCAGAAGUCUCUUAAGUGUGCUGGAGGGGACCGAGUUUCUUCAUCUGGUUUUAAAAAGUAAAUGAAGCAAGUCUAGCAAGGUGCAGUAAGGAAGUGUGGUGUCACAUGCAGCUCUACAGGAAACAAGAGCGAAGCUACUGGGGAAGUUCAGAGCUGGGUGACUUACAACAUAUUCAACUACCACAGGAAUGUACGUCCUGGGAAAUGUUAUUGUGUCUAAUUAACUUCAGCAAGUGCGUUCUGGAGUGAAUUUGCCAGGCCUCGUGUUCUGCCCGAGCAUCUCUCCAGCUGCUGAGCAGGUUUCUUAGCAAGAUCAGCUGGAGUUCAGCCUUCCACCAUGCCUGUGCCUCCCCCUCCCGCUCCCCCUCCGCCCCCAACGCUGGCCUUGGCAAAUACUGAAAAGCCAACCCUAAGCAGGUCAGAACAAGCGGGGCGAAAUGCUCUACUAUCUGAUAUUACCAAAGGAAAAAAGCUAAAGAAGACUGUUACUAAUGACAGAAGUGCUCCAAUUCUAGACAAACCCAAAGGACCUGGUGGAGGUGGUGGUGGCUUUGGAGGAGGUGGCGGCGGCGGCGGCGGGGGUUUUGGUGGUGGCGGCGGUGGUGGCAGCUUCGGUGGUGGUGGACCACCUGGCCUUGGAGGCCUUUUCCAAGCGGGAAUGCCAAAGCUCAGAUCUGCUGCGAGUCGAGAUGCUGACCCCGGGGCCGCCCGCCCGCCCGCGCUGCCGCCCGGAGCCCGCUCCGCCGCCGCCAAGCCGUUCCCGGGGCCGGGCGGCCCGCCGCGCUUCCCGGGGCCGCCGUCGGGGCAGCGGAGCCCGGCCGACGAGAGGCCCCCGCCGCCCGUCAGGGACCCCCCGAGCCGGACAGGCCCCCUCCCGCCACCUCCUCCCAUCAGCAGGAAUGGAAGCACCUCAAGGGCUUUGCCCGCUGCUCCCCAGCUGCCUUCCCGGGCUGGGCUGGAGAACCAGAGAGGAGGAACCCGACCACCGCUUCCCCCCGACCGGCCGGGAUCAGGAGCCCCGCCACCACCACCGCCGCCUUCAUCAGCACUCCGAAACGGCUUCCAGGAUCCGGGCGAUGAUGAAUGGGAAAGCAGAUUUUCUUUUCAUCCUAUAUCUGAUUUACCACCUCCAGAGCCGUAUGUACCCGUGAACAGAAGUUAUCCCAGUAAAUUAGCAAGAAACGAAAGCAGAGGUGGCUCUGGCCGAAAAGAAAGAGGUGCUCCCCCGCUUCCGCCUAUACCAAGGUGAAGUGGGUUCUGGCUCAUCUUCGGGCAACUUCUGUUUUACAAGGUUUCCUUCAAGUCUCCUGUCCACAUCAUUGGAAAGUUGUCUGUUUUGCUUUAUUUCCACUUUUGGCUUGUCAGCUGGAAUAAACUUCGGUGUCUAUUACAGUUGUAAUAGACACAGCUUAUGAACUAUAGUUGCUCAAAGCUAUGAAUUUAGUUUGCUUAUGCUGCAGGCUGUCAGGAAAGGCAUUUUGUGGACCACGUGCAACAUUCGUGCAUCAUGCUUACCGGGUCCAGCCCUGUCCCCUGGAGAGUUCCACAGGAGGUCUGGCUUUGAAUUUAACAAGAGCUGGAACAAAGCUAUUUCAUUCAUUUGGGGUACAGCGGCUGUAUUAUUUGAAUCAUCGAGUACAAUCUGUUUGCUGUUUAAAAACCAAUUGCCAGGGAAUACCGUGUAGCUGGGAGUCCCCUGGAUCCUGCUUUGCGUGGCUGACCUGGCCCAGCUGCUUCUGCAAGCCAUAUUCCUACUACGUGGGGACCAAGAGUUCAUCCUAAGUCUUUUUCACCUCGGCUUAGCCAAGCAAAUCACGUUUUAUACAAUAGAUGGCACAUCCUGCCCCAGGGAUGGACUGUGUUUGGCCGUGUUUUUUGUCUGCCGAGAACCUUCCAAAGAAAAGCACAAAUGAAGAAUUCAUAAGCAUGAAAAUAUCUUCUUUACAACUUUUUCCUCCUUUUGUAAUAGCGUUACGUUUUUAGUCACUUAAUUCUUUCCUGCUUUGAUGUGGACCAACCCCCAGUCAUCCGUGUCCUGGAUCAUUGUAAUACCCUCUACCUGAGACUACCUGCAAAGAGUCCUCAGGAAGUAGCCUUAGUGCAAACGCAACAAUUAUUGGAGUUGUUUCUUCUUUCUGUAAAGCACCGCUAACACCAGCGCUCCACAGACUGCUUUCCGGUUGUUUCUUUGGUACAAUUAAAUGAUGGGUUUUAGACUUUAAAAGCUUCCUGGGGCUUAGGUCACAAGUCUCAGAGAGAUUGUAUUUGACUUGCGUUACAGCAGAGCAGCUGAGGUCAAAAAUGUGCGUAAGUGAAAGCCCUUUGAUGUAGUGAAGGAGGUCCGGGGUUUGUGCACGCAAGUGGGAGCAUGAGCUCCAAAAUUUGCUGUCUGCACUGGUUCAAGAGGAACGGGAAGAUUUGGCCUUCUGAGUUUACCAUGAAGCCUGUCCUUUCAACCUUUGCUGAAACAAGUCUCAGCAGAGAGCUGCAAGGUUUACAUUAACAGAAGAAAGUGUAAAGUAUUCUAACGUUGUGACAAUUGGUUAAGAUGUUUAAUGGCUUUUGAAUUCUGUGUUUGAGAGAAGAGUUCACUGAGUGAAUGAGUUUUAUAAAGGGAUCUAAAUGCAUGUAAAAUGCAUUUGGAAAUUAGAGGAAGAUUAUAAUUCUGAAUUUGAACCAUUGCCAAAUAAUAGCUCUUUUUUAAUUGGACUUCUGAAGGUUAGCCCUGAAAAACUUCUCCUUUGUCUCCUCAACGUUUUUUUUUCCAGCAUACUCCUUGGGGCCCCUACCAAGCCUGGAUCAGCAGCCAUGUUUCACGGGGUAUUGCUAAAAAAAAGAAAAAAAAAAAAAAAAAGGGAAAAACUAGUCAUGUGGGUUAAGAAAGUGUUUCUCUAGUGUGGGAGAUACGAUCCUAAGUAUACACUGAUGCUAGAAUGAGGUCAGUCCUAGAAAAUCCAGGGAAUGUAGCUGAAGAGAGUUUGAACCCCACUGAAGUGUUUGUGCUUGGGGCUUUUUGCCGUCAGGGGGCACAGCGGGGGGAGACCCUCCCUGCCCCGCCACCUGGACAGUCACCAUGAAGAGCAUGAGGCAGAGCUGGGUUUGGCCAGAUGAACGUUAAUUUGGCCUUUUUGGUAUUUGUUUACAAAAUCUUGUUAGCUGUGAUAGCAUUUGAUUACGUACCAGUUUUUACAUUUUUGUAUCUAAUGACAUAUUUUAAGUUACUAUUUAUGGUCUUGAACCUGCAAUUCAAUGCGCAGGCGCAGGGAUGUAUCGACAUCUAAUUGCAGGGUCGUGGCUGUAAGAGUUUCUUAAACAGACCUUAGUGGGAGCUCCAUGUGACUGGUGCACCUUGGGAUCAAGGCUAGCUCAGUACUGAAUCUGUAUGUGUUGUAUGGGUGUCACGGAAACGUAUGCACUAUGCAAAGUGCCUGUCUCUUUGGCAUAUUAUUGUGUGAAUAGAAGUCCAAGUAAGAUUUUUAGAAUAAUAACUUAAAGGAUAAAUUAUUGUAUUCCUGUUAUUAAACUGAAGCACUUAUAACUAUGAGGAGCAACAUUCUGAAUUUAAGAAUACAAUAUUUUCAGUACAUUGACCUGCCAAAUCCUUAUUAAUAUCCAAACAGCUAUGCAGCCAAAAAAAAAAAAAAAAAAAAAGAUAAAAAAAAAUCCAAAAGCUGUACCGUUUUUUGUAGCUUACCUGCUUCCAGCAUGACUGUUUUACUUCAAGUCAAAGAAAAUGCUGCAGUUGUUCUGCCAGCCUUCUGCAUCAUUCAAAAUAUCCUGUAUUUGAUCCUUUUGGCAAGAUUUGCUGACCAGAAGUUCUGGACCGUUACCAAAGACCUGACAAAUCAGCUUCAAUCUCACUUUAAAAUAUGUUGUGUAAAAGCCCUCAGUCAACAAGCCAAGAAACUUGAGCUGACUUUCUUUAGCACUUUGUUGUUCUAUAGAAACCUCUUCAGAAUGGCUGUUUGUCAUGUAGGUAAAAUGCCCUAAAAAUGUAGAAAGAGGUAUUUUUUCAGCGAACAACAGCAUAACUUUUUAUCUUUUGCUAUAAAAUGCCCUAGGUAUAUUCCAGAACAAUGCAGCAUUUUAUCUUCCAUGUAUUGCUCCAUGUAUCAGUAGCUACUUACCAUAUGAUCAGUAUUAAAGUAUUUAUUUCACUAUGAAGUCUUA